AUGGUACGUGGAAAGGCUGGUGCCGCUGCGCGUGCGGCUGCACGGAACAAAUUAGUAGUCACAGAAGAAGAGGACAAAUCAAGUACCACAGGUACUGAUAUUGAUACGGACUCUGAGAGCAAGAGUACAGCUCCUACAGAAAGCGAUACGACUGCUAGUUCCGAAGAAACGGACGAUACAGAAGAUAGCGACGAUGAUUCGGACGAGGAAACAGACGAGGAUGAAACGGAUGAUGAUGACGAGGAGGAAACAGAUGAUGAUGACGAGGACGAGGAGGAUAGUGGAGAGGAGGAGUCCGAUGCGUCGAGCACAGGUACAACAACGGCUGAGCAGCGACUCCCGCCGGAAGAGCUGUCUUCUGCCUCUAUCCGUGCAUCGAGGUCCAUGUCAGAAGACGUUGCGGAGGUUCCGAUCGAUUUGGAGGCCGCUAAAGCUGUGGUGUCAGCUGCGCACAAGCCGGAUCCCAUUUCGCCCUCUGUGGGUGCGGCCUCCAUGUUAGAGCCUAGCAAGAUAAUUGAAAAUCCGUUUGCAGAACCAGGCAAAAAUGCUGCCAAGGUUUCUGAGUCUGCCGCGUCGAAGCCGCCGCCGCUCCCUCCCCUAUCCACGUAUACGGCAAAACAGCGAGCUGCAUCGGAGAAGGCUGACCGUAUUAAUGAUUCAGAGUACGAUUUGAUUUUGGCCAGUAUGGUCUCACAGAAUCGCAAGUUGAAUCAGGAUCCCAAGGCUAUGCGUCGCAGUGCUAUGGGUAUGGGUAAACUUCGACAAAGCUUCGAGCGUUUGCAGAUGCGCAACCAGGCCAAGAGUGAGGCCGAGGCGGAUGGUGUCGGCGGGGCAAGCAAAGAUUUUGGCCUGGUCUUGGAUGACAAAGAGGAGAAGACAGGGUCCGGUAUGGACGAGAGCGAAGCUGAAAAUAUUGACUGGGAGUUCUGGGGGGGUCUCAUUAAAAACUAUAACAGCAUUCUCUCUACCAGUCCGAUUGAGCUGAGCAAAGCCAUUUAUUCUGGUAUUCCAUCCGCCCUGCGUGGUAUGAUGUGGCAGCUACUUAGUAGUAGCAAGGAUGAGGAGCUGGAAGCACAGUAUGCGCGAUAUUUGUCGCUGCCAUGCCCCCAUGAGGCAGCGAUCCGACGUGACUUGAACAGGACUUUCCCAUCCCAAGAGUAUUUCAAAGAUGUGCGGGGCGUGGGCCAAGAGAAUCUGUACAAUGUGGUAAAAGCUUAUUCGUUGUACGACCCUGAAUGUGGAUACUGUCAAGGCAUGCAAUUUAUUGUGGGCCCUCUUCUUUUGAAUAUGCCUGAUGAAGAGGCUUUUAGCACGUUGGUCCGCUUGAUGCAGAACUAUGACUUGCGUGGACAUUAUAUUCGUACGUGUGCAAAUGGGCUCACCUUAGCAAACAUGCCAUCGUUGCAGCUUCGAUUGUACCAAUUCGACCGUAUCGUUGAGGAGACGCUUCCAGCAUUGUAUAUGCACUUACUGCGACGUGGUAUUAAGAGCAGCAUGUAUGCAAGCCAAUGGUUUAUGACAUUGUUUUCAUACCGAUUCCCAUUGGAGGUGGUGUACCGCAUUUUGGACUCGAUUUUUGCCGAAGGUAUUGAGGCGAUGUUCCGAUUUGCCUUGGCUCUAAUGAGCAAGAAUGAGGCUAAGCUUCUGGAACUGGACUUUGAAGGGUGUCUAGAGUUCCUGAAAGACUAUUUGAUUGAUGUCUACACGAACGAGAAAACGGAGGGAAAGCCCGAGAGUGUUCGUAUCGGUGAGCUGGUGCGUGAUGCAUUUAAGAUCAAGAUUCCUCAGUACACCUUGGAUGCUUAUGCGAACGAGUUUUACGACCAGGCCAAGCAGGCCAAUGAGCGACAAGUGGAAAUGGAGGCAUUGCGCUUGGUCAACCGCAAUCUCCAGAUGCGUGUACAGUCGUUAGAGGAACAGCUAAGUCAUCUCAAUGCUGAGCAUGUUGACCUUGUGAAGCGCGUCGUCAUGGAGAAGCUCUCGCAUGAUGAGAUGGCAGAAGAACUUGUACGCUACAAGAUGAUGUAUGCGGAGGCGGUUCUCCAAAAUGAAUCGCCGCGCACGCCUACACUUCCUCCACAGUAA